AGGUCUCAAUUUCUUUCUUAUUAAAGAGUGUUUAUCACUGUGCGUUAUCAUUAACACAGAGUAAUAGAAAAUGAUGAAGAAAUUGAUUAUAUGACACUUGAAGAAACUAUGGAAGUUGGUACCAGACAAUAUGAGCAAUUAAAUGAUGAGCAGAAAGAAAUAGUAGAUCUUGUAUUAAACAGAUUAGAUACUAAUAAUCACAAUAACAAUUGUAUUUAUAUCGAUGGUCCAGGUGGUUCAGGUAAAACGUUUAUAUACACAACUAUCUAUUAUUUAACCAAAAUUCAAAAUAAACAUAUAUGUACAAUGGCUUUUACGGGCAUUGCAGCGACAUUAUUGCCAGUAGGAAAAACAGUUCAUAAAACAUUUGGAUUACCAGUUCCAUUAUUUGCUGAUUCAUCAUCUAACAUUAAAAUCCAAUCCAAGGAAGCGCAUUAUUUAAAAGAAAUAGAUAUUUUUAUUUGGGAUGAAGCGCCAAUGGCACCAAGAUAUGCUCUAGAGAUUAUGGAUCGAACGUUGCGUGAUAUCAUGAAUAAUGAUUUACCUUUUGGUGGAAAAAUUAUUGUGUUAGGUGGUGAUUUCAGACAACUUCUCCCUAUUAAAGUACAUGGUAAUCGAAGUGAAAUUGUAAAUCUUUCAAUCAAAUUUAGUUCUACUUGCAAACACUUUAUAAAUUUUUCUUUAACAAAAAACAUGCGUGUUCUUCCAGAGGAAACAGAAUUUGCAAAGUUUCUAUUGGAUAUAGGAGACGGUAUAUUAAAUGAUUCUAACAAUAAUAUACAACUUCCUGAUUGUUGUAUCGCACCUAUUAAUGCCGAUAUUAUACAAGAUAUAUAUGGUGAUUUGAUACGAAAUAAAGAAUUUAAUAAAAUGGCGAAAUGUGCAAUACUUUCUGCAAGAAAUGCCGAUGUAGAUGAAAUUAAUAAACGAGUAGUCGAAUUAUUAGAUACGUUUGAAGAACGAAUUUAUACAAGUAUAGAUAGUACUGAAAACUGUGGUGAUAAUGGUAACAUUGGUGAAGCCUUACUACCAGAAUAUUUAAAUACUUUGUCUCCGUCAUCUCUUCCACCUUAUGAAUUACGUUUAAGACCAAAUUCUAUUAUUAUGUUAAUUAGAAAUCUAAGUAUCAAUGAAGGUCUUUGCAACGGCACUAGAUUAAUGAUUAUAGAACUUGCUGAUCAUUUAUUGAAAUGUAAAAUUUUAACAGCUAAUGGAGGUAUAAAUUUUCAUGGAAAAAAAUUACCAAUACAUUUAAGAUCCUUCAUAGCUGAUGCACCAGCACGUGCUUUUAUUUUCAAUCAUCGAGGUCAUAUGUCUGGUCAUCCAUGCUCUAAAUGUAAAAUUUCUGGUGUAAUAUACGAAGGACGUUAUAUUUUUUGUGGUGAUAAUUAUUCUUUGCGAACUAAUGAAGAAUACGUAACAGGUUUAGAUGAGGAUCACCAUAAAGAUGGCAAAAGUCCACUGACAGAAUUACCUAUAGGAAUGGUUUCUCAAGUGCCUUUCGAGUACAUGCAUCUUGUGUGUUUAGGAGUUGUCAAAAAAUUAUUAUCUGCAUGGAUUCAUGGAAAAAAAAUGAAUCGUUCUAAAAGGCCUAUAAUUAAGCCAUCUAGAUAUGUGACUACUUCAUCUGAUGAAGCUCCACGGAAAAGGAUAGCUGAUGAAAGAGAAAAAUCAUAA